UAAAGAGAAAAAAUGACGGAAUAAGUCGUAUCAAUUUUAAAGUGGUUUUGUAAUAUUUAAAACGGAAUAAAAAUGCGCUGUUGUGCUCCGAAUUGUAAAAAUGAUUCAAGACAAUUGUCUAAAUCUCAGGGAAUAACCUUUCAUGUAUUCCCCAUGGAACAGUCUCUUCGUACAUCCUGGCUAAAAGCCCUAGGUAAAGAAUCCUGGGAAGCGAAAGAAAGAAGUGCAGUUUGCUCAGAGCAUUUCAAUUGUGAUGACAUGUAUGAAACUAAGAAUGGGUUACGUAAGAUCAAACCAGGAGCUGUGCCAGUGAUGAAGGUUUGUUUACAUUCAUCUUUUAUUGGAACGAAGUUCCUUAUGGUAUGUAGAAUAUGUCUGGCAACAGAUAGAAAAUUAUAUUCAAUACGAAAAUAUAAGUUGGAUCAGGCAUUUGAACAUUUGACUGGACUGAAUAUAAUGGAUAAUUUACCGCAGCAUUUGUGUUUAGAAUGUGCACAUAGAUUACUUACCUGUCACAAUUUUAGACGAAAAAGUUUACGAUCUCACGAAAUUAUGAUGGAAAUAAUCAAUAAGCAAGAAAUGAUAACAUUACAAAGCAUACAAAUUAUAAAUAGAGAAUGUAAUAACUUGGAAACGAAUCUCACAAUAAAGUAUAACAAUCCAGAUCAUUAUGAUCUUUACAUAGAACAUAAAGAAGAUACAGAGGAAGAAAAAAUAACAGAAGAAAUAACAGAUAUAGAAGUAAAGAAUGAAGUAUUCUUAGAUGAAACUAGUUUAUCCGUUAAAGAAGAGAAUUAUUCUUCUGAUGAUAGUCUCCCUUUAGAAAGGAGAAGAACUAAGAAGAAAGAAGUUAAGAAAAAGAAAAGAAAAGAUCCGAAUGAACCAAAGAUUGAUAGAAGAAGGAAACCCUUUCUUAAUGAUGAUUUGAAUGAAACUCUAUUUACUAUAACAGAUUUAUCUUUCGAUGAACAGAAAGCAGAGAUAGAGAAGAGAAGAGAUUCUUCAAAUUAUAAAAACUCUGUAUUCAAAUGUACUGCUUGUUUUAAAGGAUUUUUAGAUGAAGAUGCUUAUAAUAGUCAUAUGACUAGACAUACUGAUCAAUGUGGUGAAUACGAAUGUGAGAUUUGUAAAACGCAUUUCAAACAUCCGCAUGCUUUACGUAAGCAUGUCACUGCGCAUCACACACAAAGGUUCAGCUGUAACCAGUGUCCAUAUGUAACUACACAUCGUCAGACGGCGCGACUGCACGAGAGAUGGCACAAGGGAACUAAAUACCAAUGUCCGCAUUGUCAAGAGGAAUUCCUUAAAUUUACUACAUACAUGGGUCAUAUACGUAUAAAACAUCCAUCUGACUUUGUAUGUGAACUCUGCGGAUAUUCUUUCGUCAGUGAGAAAGGGAUAGAACUACACAAGAAGUUGAAACAUCGACUCGAGAGUGACAAGGUGCCAGAUGAUGUACCAUUUUGUGAAUCUUGCAAUGUGAGGUUUAUCUCACAGGAAGCGUACAGAAGACAUCUGAUGGUCUCCGCAAAACAUAGUACUGGUGAUAAGGAUACAAAUGAUCCUAAACCGAAGAAAGGUAGAAAGCCUAGAGAAGUGAAAGAGAGAGAAAUAAGAGAUAGCAGAGAACAGAAUGAGAGGAAGAUGUAUCCUAGUCAGAUGAGGAAAGUGGAAGGUCCAAUACCCUGCGAACAGUGUGGUCUACAACUAGAAGACUCUCGUGCCUAUCACGGUCACUUUAGACGGAUGCAUCCAGACAAGAAUCGAACCAACUACCCGUCUAUGAAGUCACCUUGUAUGUGUGAGUUGUGUGGGAGAAUGUUCCAGAGUUACGCUCUAUUAAAAGACCAUCGUUGGGUUCAUACUGGUGAGAGACCGUUCUCAUGUGAGUCGUGCGGCAAAGCUUUCCGCAUGCGACAGCGACUGGUCGCACACAGACGUGUUCAUGCGCCUCGCAGAGAUACAUACGUGUGUGCACUCUGCGGGAAACACUUCUCCACUCACAGCAACAGACAGCGGCACAUGUUUAUCCACACAGGCUUGAAACCGUUUGCUUGUGAGAUGUGCGGCAAAUGUUUCAAACACGCGAGUGAGAAACGCGCCCACGUCGCCUACGUACAUCUAAAGAAGCCUUGGCCGAAGCGAGCUCGCAACAAACGUACAGACAGACAGAAUCAAAUACAAAAUCAGACGAUGAGUGCGAACGAGAUGGAUAUAGUUCAGCCAGUGUGGCCACAUUGUGAACAGAAAGGGAAUGAUGUUAAUUCCAUUAAUAAAUCUAUUUAUUAUAAUAUUAAAAUAUAAACUAGACAUUUCUAAUAAUGCGAUACAAUAUAAUCUCACUAAUCCGGCACUUCGAUAGAUCGGCACGUCCAAUAAUCCGGCACCUUCCGCCCACGCCUCCCUUUCCCUUUGCGCUUUGGUCGCACAGGUAUAGAGGGGAAAGGGAG